AUGAUAGGGGCACCUGAUCUAUUCCAGAUUGACAUCGACGCAUUCAUUGAAGGUAAAACUCUCAUUUUUGACAUCAAUUUUAUUGGAAAUUUUAAAGAGAAAAAGUCGAAAAAAUAUGACGUUCAAGAUGAUAUUAUUAAAACCGAACAAAACAACAAGAACAUUGAAAAAUUGAUGGAGGGGUUUGUUCUUAAAAACGAGAUUUAUAAAGGAGAAAUAACGCUAUUUGUUGAUCUCCAUGUUGAAAAUUGUAAAGCCGACUUGAGUCACAAGAAUGUAACUUUCGAGCUCAAAUUUGGGAAUUUUGAAAAGGAAAAGCCGAAGUUUGUGUUGAGAAAGGGUGGUUUAUUGACUUCAAAUUUCUAUAUAUCGAAGUUGAGUAUCAAUAAUUUAGUAUUUAAAAGGGUGGAUAUCCCAAGUGUAAACACUUACGUCUUUAAAGGUGUGAAAUACGAAAUAAACAAUUUUGAUAACAAAAAGGAGUGUUUUGUGACAUGUUUGUCUGAUUGUAAUUACACAGAACGACUUAAAAAAAUCGACAUCAAUAAAACAAUUGUUUUCCCACAAAACAAGAUAAUAAAAUUUGAACCCAAAUAUAUUUGUGAUACAGUAUUAUACACUGUUGGCUAUCGGUUUAUGGGAAAUAUCCCAAAAUUUGAGCUUGUUUUAACAUUGAUAAACAGAGAUGAUGAAAGUGUGAAACGGACAUACUCUAAACAAAAAAUAAAAAAUGAAAAAACCAUAAAACAAGAUGUUUCAGAUGAAAGCGAUGAAGAAUAUAUUCAAAGUGAAGAAAGUGAAAAUGAAAGUGUUGAAGAAGCAGAUAAAUGCUAUUUAUGGGGUGUUAAUUAA